AUGGCUCCCAUGAAGGCAACCAAGACCAUGAAGGCGAUGAAGGCUGCCAAGGCCAUGACCAAGGGGGGCAUCGUGAGUGAGCUGGCCUCGGCGACAGACAUGAAGAAGUCUGAGGUGUCGCAACUUCUUGGACAGCUCUCCGAGAUCGGAGCGAAGGAGGUAAAGGCAACCGGCAAGUUCGUGAUCCCGGGACUGUGCAUGAUCAAGACGCGCACGAAGCCAGCCACCAAGGCGGGCAAGCGGAUGAUGUUCGGCAAGGAGGUGGCCAUCAAGGCUCAGCCUGCGAAAACGGUGGUCAAGGCAUUCGCAGUAUCUCCAUCUCUCAUCCCUUCCGUUGCAGACAUGGCUCCCAUGAAGGCAACCAAAACCAUGAAGGCGAUGAAGGCUGCCAAGGCCAUGACCAAGGGAGGCAUCGUGAGUGAGCUGGCCUCGGCGACAGACAUGAAGAAGUCUGAGGUGUCGCAACUUCUUGGACAGCUCUCCGAGAUCGGAGCGAAGGAGGUAAAGGCAACCGGCAAGUUCGUGAUCCCGGGACUGUGCAUGAUCAAGACGCGCACGAAGCCAGCCACCAAGGCGGGCAAGCGGAUGAUGUUCGGCAAGGAGGUGGCCAUCAAGGCUCAGCCUGCGAAAACGGUGGUCAAGGGCUGCGCCUUCAAGUUGCACUACCGCCGCCUCAAGAAGGCCAAGAAGCGCCCAAAGACGGAGCUCGAGGAAGCGGAAGCGCAAGAGGAGGGGCCACAGGCGAAUGCGGUGCAGGCUGUGGCAGAGGCCACGGCCGAGGCGCUUGAGCCUCCGGAAGGGCCCAGCGCCACGGAGCUGCAGCUCUUGGAGUCCCUGGCCUGGCGCGGCCCCGACCCCGAGGCGGGCCGGAGGAUCGCUGGUAACCUGUAA